AUGGAGUCGUUGAUACUUCACUCCAAAGACUUCACCGCCGCCGUGGUUGCCAUCCGGCAGUACUGGGGUUCGGAGCAUGAUUGCAGUGACGCGGAAUUGCUUGCACUAGCUAGACGUGAAUGGGAGGACGCGAAGCGGGACGACUCCGCGGCCAGGGAGUUCGUGCUGCAGGUGGUGGCCUGUCGACUGGAGGAGCAGCUUCUGCUGUGGCUGAUGCAGUUCCACGCCUCCGAUGCUGCGGAGGAUAUGCAGACGCUGGUUGAUACGUGCUCAGACCCUUAUUUUAUGGCGGAAGGGCUAGAGCUGCUGUCGCCGUUGCUGGAUACGCUAUUGACAGCCGCUGUGGUUCGAGCUGCGGCUUGUGAUCGAGGAGCCAAGAAGCGCAAGCGACGAAUCGUGGGGAUGGUGGAGAAGCUGGAUUCAAGUGUGUUUGUGAACAGCAAAGCCUGGAGUGCUAUUCAAGCAUUGGAUGUGAUGAACGAGGAUGCAGGAGCUUGGAAGGAAUUCCUGGAUCUGCCUAGCGAGCUGGAGGCUCGGCUGUUCAAUUCACGAAGUGGUCGGGCUUUCUUGGAUGAGGCUCAACAAGUGGUUGCAUUGCAGCAGAUCGAUCUGGGUAAAGUAUUCGGGGCACGUGAACGUUGUGUUGAUGGAGAGCAAGUGUCUGCAGAUACUCUGUGGACCCUUGCGGAGAAACUAGUGGAGUUGGCCAAUUCGGAGACAGGAGAAGAUGCUCGAGAUGACAAUGGCGCACACAUCGAUGCUUCUGGCACCGUACUCGUUGUUGUGGAAAGUGUGAAGGACUUGGAGGAACAUUUGAAAGGAAAAGGUUCAAUCUCGUCCCCCAGCAUCACAACACCGUUGGCUCAAGACGCUUUGGUUAACGUCUCCAAGGAUGCUCGUUCAACCCAAGAGAAGCCCGUGAUGACCAUCAGCAAGCUACUUGGUGGUGUGCUGAAUCCUCUAUUCCCCAUUGUUUCAAGUGGAGACCGAGCCACUCACGGCAUGCAAACGCAGCUGAACUUGUAUUCACUGGUCCUGCAGCUGCUGCAAGUGUUUGUGACGGCGGACGUUGUCUACGAAGGCUAG